UUGGGCAUCUUGUUAUAGUGUUUUGGCACAGAUAGUUGAGCCAAAAGAAGUCCUACAAUGUGGUAAUAAGAAGCCUUAAAAUACCAAAAAAUGACCAAUAGCAGCAGAAAUGUGCAAUAUUUUGUUCAUGUAAUUCUUGUUAUUCUUCACUGUUUUAAUACAGGAUUUUGCACAGAAGUAGAUAGCAUUACUAGCACUCAAUCUCUGAGAGAUCCUGGAAUUUUAUCGUCGCCAGAUGGCGUCUUCAAGUUGGGAUUUUUCAGUCCUCUAAACAGCACUAAUAGGUAUGUUGGCAUAUGGUACAAUUUUUCUGAAACAAUUGUCAUUUGGGUUGCUAAUAGGGACAAACCUUUAAGUGAUUCUUCUGGGGUUGUGAAGAUAUCUGGCGAUGGAAAUGUCGUCCUUACGAAUGGAGAGGAAGAGAUUCUUUGGUCAACAAAUACUUCAACAACCUCUCACGUAAACUCAAUUGCCCUUCUCCAAGAUUCUGGUAACUUUGUUCUGGCAGAUCGUCUGAACAACGCGAGCAUAAUAUGGCAAAGUUUUGAACAUCCUUCUGAUUCACUUGUCCCUGAAAUGAGAAUAAGUGAAAACACAAGGACAGGGGAAAGGAUAGAACUAAAAUCUUGGAGAAGCCCUUGGGAUCCUAAUUUCGGAAACUUUUCUCUAGGCAUGAAAUCUGAAAUCAUUCCUCAGGUAUAUAUUUGGAAAGGUAACCGUCCCUAUUGGCGAAGUGGUCAAUGGAAUGGCCAGAUUUUCAUUGGAGUGCAGUAUAUGUAUUCUGUGUCCGUUGAUGGAUUUAGUGUAGUGAACGAUCGUGAAGGUACUGUAUAUCUUACCGGACCUAUUGGUUUUAAUUUCUUAACGAAGUUCAUCUUGGAUUGGAAAGGAGACUUAGUUCAAUCAUUUUGGGACGAGAAUGAGACAAAUUGGAAGGUACUAUGGUCAGCUCCCAAUAAUGAUUGUGAAGUUUACGGAACGUGUGGUCCAUUUGGGAGCUGCAAUUAUUUGGAGUCUCCAUUUUGUUCUUGUCUGAAAGGUUUCGAGCCAAAGCAUAGGGAAGAAUGGGAAAAGGGGAAUUGGACUAGCGGUUGUGUUAGGAGGAUAGCUUUGCAAUGUGAAGUGAAGAAUAACUCGGGGAAUUCGAGUAAAGAAGAUGGAUUUCUAAAGAUGGAGUCAAUGAAAUUGCCUGAUUUUGCAGAAAGGUCAUCUACUGGAGAAGACCAAUGUAGAAGCCAAUGCUUGCGUAAUUGUUCCUGCAUUGCGUAUGCAUAUGACUCAGGUAUCGGCUGUAUGUCGUGGAGUAACAACUUGAUUGACAUUCAGCGGUUCCAAAGCUGGGGGAAAGAUCUCUAUAUUCGCGUGGCACAUUCAGAGCUUGAUCAUCAUAAAGACAUAAAGAAAAUUGUAAUUCCAGUAAUCGUCGGUACUCUUAUACUCUGUGUUUGUCUUUCUUUUCUGCUUAAGGAUGGUCAGACGAAACAUUUUGUUAGAGUGAAGAGCAAGGAGGUAGUAUUACUUGGUAACAGAAUGGAAGAAUUACCAGUCUUCAACUUCGAAACGCUUGCAAAUGCAACAGCCCGAUUUUGUGAGGAUAAUAAGCUUGGUCAGGGCGGUUUUGGUCCAGUUUACAGGGGAAAAUUGGAAGAUGGGAAAGAAAUAGCAGUCAAGAGGCUUUCAAAAGCCUCCGGACAAGGGCUAGAAGAGUUCAUGAAUGAAGUGUUGGUGAUCUCUAAAGUCCAACAUAGAAACCUUGUUAGACUCUUGGGAUGUUGUGUGGAUAAAGAGGAGAAGAUGUUGAUAUAUGAAUAUAUGCCCCAAAAAAGCUUGGAUGUGUUUCUCUUUGAUGAAGCAUACCAAGGAGUUUUGGAUUGGAGGAAGCGCUCCAUUAUCAUCGAAGGGGUUGGCCGAGGACUCCUUUAUCUUCACAGAGAUUCAAGAUUGAAAAUAAUCCAUAGAGAUUUAAAGCCAAGUAACAUUUUGCUCGAUAACAACUUCAAUCCAAAGAUUUCAGAUUUUGGCAUGGCUAGGAUUUUCGGAUCUGACCAAGAUCAAGCAAACACAAAGAGAGUAGUUGGUACUUAUGGAUACAUGGCCCCGGAAUAUGCAAUGGAAGGAAGAUUCUCUGAGAAAUCCGAUGUUUUUAGCUUUGGAGUUUUAGUGUUAGAGAUCAUAAGUGGCCGAAAAAGUACAAGUUCUUGGAGUGAAACAUCCUCUUUGUGCCUUUUGGGAUAUGCAUGGAAGUUGUGGAAAGAAGAGGAUUUAUCAACUUUUAUCGAUCCAGGUAUAUUGAAUCCGAGCAUGGAAAUGGAAAUCAGAAAAUGCAUACAAAUUGGUUUACUGUGUGUUCAAGAAUUUGCUGAAGACAGGCCAAGUAUUUCAUCUGUUCUUGCCAUGCUUACAAGUGAAAAUACAAGCCUGCCAACACCUUUACAGCCUGCUUUUACUGAAAGACAAGUUAAGUGUAACAAGAAUAGAGAAAAUGAGUGGAGUUUGAACCAUACAAGUAUCACAACUCUUACUGGUAGAUAACAUAAAUAUGUGAAAUUACUUUUGUAAGGAAUAUACAAUUUAUGAGAUUCCAUUUCUAUAGGUACAUGAUAUUCCAUCCA